UCAAAAGAAGUUACACUUUUAUUACAGAGAUUCAUGGCAUCAUAGUGAAAAAUUUCACAGCCGCUGGAUCAUACACGUGUAUGAUCGAGAAAGCGAGUCUCCACUCUACUUUCCAGCAGAUUCAGAAAUCAGAUAUCCCUGAAGAAAAAGAAGCAGCAGCAAGAAAGUCACCGGAAUAGUGACCUCCUUGGCUCAGACUUUUACUCUUCUGCUUUAGACAAAGAUCCAACGGUUCUGAAUUCAUCACGGUUCUCUCUCCGAUCUCAUCACAUUCACAGGGACGGAGAAGUGAAAGCAAAGAAGAAAGGAGAAAUGGCAAACAAAGUAUCAAAUUUCUCUGACCUGAUUCAACGAGUAGCAGCUUCUUGCUUGCUCCACCCGCUCGCCGCCGGCCGGCAAGAUUCCGGAAAUGUAGCCGGAGAUGACAGUGAGGCUUACGAGUACGAAACCGAUGAGCAUGAGGAAGAGGAAGAAGAAGAGAAUGAGGAAGAUUUGGAUUUGAAGAAAGUGAAAGAUGGAAGUGAAAUGGUAACAAUAGAGAGAGUGAUGGAAAUGGAAAUGUUAAUGAAUGAAGUGUUUGACUCGGUAUCAGCUAUGAAAAGAGCGUACGUGAGUCUACAAGAGGCGCAUUGUCCGUGGGAUGCGGAGAGAAUGAGAGUUGCUGACGUGGCAGUCGUUAGUGAGCUGAGGAAGUUAGGGUUUUUGAGAGAGAAAUUUAAGAGAUGCGUUAGUGUUAGUGUUACUAUCAGCGGUGGUGGUGCUAGGAGGAAACGAUUUGGUGGUGGUGGAGGGAUGUUGAGAGAGGUUGUGGCGCCGUAUGAGGCGGCGGUUGAAGAGUUGAAGAAGGAAGUGAAGAGCAGGGAAGUGGAGGUGGAGAAUUUGAAGGAGAAGAUUAAGUGUCUUAGCUCUAGUUUCAAUAAUGGGAGUGGUAAAAAAGGGAAGUCUUUUUCUAAGAGAAAAGUUAAUUGCAGUCUAGCUGCUACUCAAGUUGCAUUAGCUCCGGCACCGGAUCUUUUCGAAGCAACGAUGAGCCAAGUGAAGGAGACGUCCAAGUCAUUCACUUCGCUUCUCUUGUCUCUAAUGCGUUCUGCGCAUUGGGAUAUUGCUGCUGCUGUGCGCUCUAUUGAAGCAGCUGCAGCUACCAACAAUAAUAUCAACACUACUGCUAUUGCUUCCACUAUUAUUACCCACCAUGCUAAGUAUGCUUUGGAGUCCUACAUUUCGAGAAAAAUCUUUCAGGGUUUUGAUCACGAGACCUUCUAUAUGGACGGUAGCCUCUCCUCGCUUUUGAAUCCAGAUCAGUUCCGGCGGGACUGCUUUACUCAGUACAGAGAUAUGAAGGCUAUGGAUCCUGUUGAGCUUCUUGGAAUAUUGCCCACUUGUCACUUUGGGAAAUUCUGCUUCAAGAAGUAUGUUGCUAUUGUUCAUCCUAAAAUGGAAGAGUCCUUGUUUGGUAACUUGGAGCAACGCCAGCAAGUUUUGGAUGGCAGUCAUCCGAGGAGUCAGUUUUAUGCUGAGUUCUUAGGGUUGGCCAAAGCUAUUUGGUUGCUUCACUUGCUGGCAUUCUCACUCGACCCGCCACCAAGUCAAUUUGAGGCAAGUAGGGGGGCUGAGUUUCAUCCACAAUAUAUGGAGAGUGUGGUGAAAUUUUCUGGUGGCCGGAUUCCAGCUGGUCAGGUUGUGGGAUUCCCAGUUAGUCCUGGGUUCAAGCUUGGAAAUGGAUCAGUUAUCAAGGCUAGAGUUUAUCUAGUGCCUAGAACAUGAGCUUUUCUAGUUUGGUUGAUAUGUAUUUUUGUGCUCUAGGAUGUGAUGAGCUGCUUGGGUAGUUGAAGACCCUCUCACAAGAAAACUUGGAAGAGAUUUCUAGGAGAGAAAUAGUUUGCUAAUGUUAUUAGGAAUAAUAGGGAACUGAUGCAAUGUUUGAAUUAUGAAGAUGUGUUAUUUGGAGUGUGACAUUGAAGUCCUGAAAUUGGUCUUUUAACUUUUCUGUUAAGGUCUUCUGCCAAUCAUCUGUACCAUAGAGACUGAAAAUAUAAGCUGUUUGCUUGUUAAGCUUUUA